AAUCCACAAGGUGGCGGCGAUCCACCAAAAAAGCUGUUUCCCAACCGCCAUUAAAAAGAAGAAGUAGAUAAAAAAAAGGAGAAAUUUUAAUCAUGUCUAAGUUCGGUCCAGUAAUUUGGCCCAAAGUCAUUUUAUUUGGCGACUCCAUCACACAGUUUUCCUUUCAGCCCAAUGGAUGGGGAGCAGAAACGGCAAAUAAGCUUGCAAGAAAAUGUGAUGUUGUGAACAGAGGCUUGUCUGGCUACAACUCCAGAUGGGGAAAGAUAAUUCUUCCUCGCCUGAUCAGCAGCCAGGAUGCGGCAGAAAACCACAUAGCAGCUGUUACCAUCUUCUUUGGAGCCAACGACGCGUCGCUGGAAGAUAAGAACCCACAGCAGCACGUCCCUCUGAAGGAGUAUUCAGAGAACCUGAAGGAGAUCAGCAGGUUUCUGACUUCAGCAGGUGUUUCUGCAGACAAAGUCAUCUUCAUCACUCCUCCUCCGAUCCAUGAGCCAGCCUGGGAGAAGGAGUGCAUUCUCAAAGGAUGUCCUCUCAAUCGGCACAACUCAGUGGUGGGAGAGUACGCUCAGGCCUGUGUCCAGGCAGCCGGUCAGUGUGGGUCAGACGUCCUGGACCUCUGGACACUCAUGCAGAAAGAUGGACAGGACUACACCGUCUACCUCUCCGAUGGGCUGCAUCUCUCAGAGAAGGGAAACCAGUUUGUGGCCGAGCAUCUUUGGAGCAUCCUGGAGAGCCGCGUGGCUAAGCUGCCCUUCAUCCUGCCGUACUGGGGAGACGUGGACACCAAGAGCCCAGAGAGCAGCCUCCUCUGCAACUCAUGAGAGAAAGUCUCCAAAAAGCUUCAAAAAAAAGAAAUAACCAAGCAGUGGCCAGAACAUGUUGGAAAGGUUCAUCUUUUAUUUACAGUCACCAGACUCAAAUAUUCAUGUUUAACAUGUAAAAUAAAGGGUUUUUUUUUCCAGCAAGAGUUGCCAUUAAUGCCAGCGAAAACAUUCAUAAAUGUAGAAAAGGGACUACACACAAUAUGUAAUGCAAAAGUUUUUUUUUUCUUUUUUUUUUUAAACAUAAUAAAAAGUUUUACAGCAUUAAGAUGUGACACAGCAGGGAAGAGUGAGACUGCAUCACACAGAGCUCACUUUGGCACAAGCGUAUCAAGCCUAACAGAAAAGAUCUGAGCACAAGGAGGGCAGCAGAACUUUGUCAGAGUUGAACAGCAGGGAGUUUUCUUCAUGCAAAAAUAAAAAAAAUAAAAAAAACUUUGUGGUAGAAAUCACAAGUUUCUUCUUUUUUUUUUCUACUGACGUAACAGAAACUCCACAAGAUCAGUAAAAUAAUGCAAUCGCUGCUGCUGUUUAUUAGAAAGCUAUGCAUACAUACACAGACAGGCCUCCAAAGAAUGUGUGCAAAACUAAAUUCUCCAGUGUUAAAAUGUGCUUUUUAUUAAUAAAACAAACAAAAAAAGACUUUAGACCAGACACUGUCCUCUAAGACGCGACCCAUAAUUUUUUUUCCCCCAGUAAGUGGGACAAAUAUGUAACAUAAAACACUGAAGAGGCUGGAUCUGCUUUGGUGAACACACAUUUAUAAAUAUGUAGAUAAGUUUUUUUUUUUUUAAAUAGAGAUGCCCAAUUUGAUCACAUCUUGAUGCAUAAAGACACGUUGGGAUGAUAGUGUAAGGGUUCUGGGAUCAGCGUUUCAUUUAAUACUUGGAAAAAAAAAAAAAA